AAUUUGGAGUACUUUUUCCUCAUGUUUGACCGAACAGAAGUCUAUGGACCUUUGCAGACUUACCUGCGGAGAAAGGCGCAACCUCUUUUUGACCACUUCAAAGUUAUCACAUCAAACUGGACUCAGAAACCCCCAAGAUACAUGGACCAAUACAACCAAAUAAAUGCAAUCUCAAUGGCCUGCAAAACCGGAGUGAAAGGAUGUUCAGAGCUCACUAGAAUGUGGUACAGACAGUGGAUGAAGAACCCUGACACUAACCCGUAUGGAAAAUGCUUCUCUAAGCCUGAAAUCUGA